CUUCAUUUGACCUUUCUUAGUUUCGAGUACCCAUCUACUUUUCUCUCCCAAAUUCCGUUCUCUCCAUUCUUCUUCUUCUUCUUCUUCUUCUUCUUCUUCUUCUUCUUCUGUGAGUUGCUCCGAUAUGUUUGAUUGUCUUCCUCUCUGCGAGUAGGCCGACAUGUUCCGUCUAAGCGACAAUCUCGUCCUGGAAUCUAAUGGCUUCCCCUGGCUAGUCUGGCUACAUCUCUUGGUAAUGUUUCUCCUCAUCGUUUUGCUUUCUUAUUUGGGCGUCCUUGCUUUCGAUGUUCCGGCCAACGGGGCGGCGCCGAGGUUGGUGCCGGUGAGCGAUCUAUUCACAAGUAAAGAUUAUCAGACGGAGGAGCCAGUCAAGAACAAUAUUAGCUGUGCCACGACGAAUCGCUUUGAUGAUAACAAGUUGAGGGAAGACCAAACAAGUACUAAAGGCGGAAUCGUAAGCAUAAGAAGUAUAAGAACAGAAAGACAAGAAGCAGAGAUACAGGAAGCGGAGGAUAGUUUAACCAAGAAAGUAGCACAGAGGACAAUAGCUCAAUGUUCUUAUGGCCCAUGCUAUUACCUACAACAAGCAGCAAAGGUUUUCCUUAAGUGCCUCGGUCUUGACUCUACCUCUCAGGGUUCUUCAUCAGCAGAGCUAGAGUCAAAACACGAUGUUAGGCAUGAAGAUACUGUACCCAACUCCAUUGGGCCAAUGCCAGAAGCCAAGCCCAGUAAGCCUGCAGAAGGCGCCCAUGUUCCAAUAUCAAGAUAGUAGCUAACCUUGUAAUUUGUUCAUUUUCUCAAAUGAGUUAUUGUGUGUUUAUUAUAUAAUAAAAUUUUCUACCUUAUCUAUA